AUGGAAAAAUGUAUAUUUUCAUCUUUUACAAAAUUAAAUAUUUAUAUUAUUGACAUAAAAUCAUCAGAUUUAUAUAAAUUUUACAAACAUUUUGAUGGUUUUAUUGAAAAGUUACAUAUUAAAGAUAAAAAUUGUGUCACUAAUGGUUACAAUCAUAGCAAUGUCCAUAGUACGAUUGAAAGAAUAAAAUCAUGUUGGGACAAAAUUUUGGAAGAAUUUAAAAAUUAUAAUUUAAAUAGUACCUUGUGCACUAAUUAUUUAUUAUAUUGGUUCUAUAGUAAAAUAAUUGAAAAUAAAUUGGAUGUUUUUAGUAUUCAUUGGAUUUACCGUAACUUACAAUUGUCUUUUCUUAGUAAUAAAUAUAUUCUGGAUUAUCAAAAUUUCGAUAACAAAAGAGCGUUUAAUAUAAAUGUAUUGAGAAAUAAAAAGUACUUAUACGAUUUUGUAGAAUCCUCUGAAAAUAUAAAAAAAGCUUUCGUAGAUGGAACUUCAGAAAAUAAACGUAAAUAUUGUAAUUAUAUUAAAGAAAUAUUUAAAUUAUACAAACAGUUGAAAGAGGCUAAUCGAUUGAAGUUAUCAACACCAUAUUCCGGUGAAUUAGAAGCUUUUGAAAGUAAAAUUAAUAAGGAGUUUUUAGAAUACUUAGAAGAAAAAUGUCCAGAUAAUUGCCUUAAAUUUGUGUUCGAUACAAAUUACAUAACCUUAUGCCAACCAACAAAUUAUGAUCCAAAUCAUGGCGUGGUACAUACGCCAGGUUUAUUUAGCAACAUAAAUUUUUUAAAUGUAAGUGGAAUAAAUAAUAAAAUACAAAAAAUAAAUAUAUUACCGUUUUUGUUAAUUUCAUUUAUAUAUUUCAUUGUUGAUAAUUUACACAGUAAAAUUAUCCAUAUAAGCUUUCUAUUUAAAUAUGAAUGUAACAUAUGUAUUCUGUUUUUUUUUCAGGAUAGUAAAAUAAAUGAUUUACCUUCAUUUAAAAUAUAUAAUGAACUAGAUGAAAACACAGAUAACACAUCUAACACCGAUAUAAAAUGUGACGAAAUUAAAGAAUUUAAAAAUGGGUAUCCAUUGUUCAUAGAUUUAUGCAAAAAAGUUGCUAAAAAUUUGAAAAAAUUAAAUGAAACAAAAUUAGCAGCUGAUGAAAAUAUUUCUUGUUCAUAUUUCACUUACUGGAUAUACGAUAAACUUUGGGAUACAAUUAAAAAUAAACCGGAAUAUAUUUCUGGAAUACCAGCUAUCACAAAACUACUUCAUUUGGGAUAUAAACUUAAUAAUAAGAAUUCCAAAGUAGGUUGUUAUUAUGAAAUUAAUUUAAAUUUGGAUUUAUGGAAAGAGAAAAAAUACUUACACGGUUAUUUUAUGAAUUUUGAUAAUAUUAAUAAUAUAACUAAUCCUGAUAAUGAGAAUUAUAAGUCAUAUUGUGACUACCUUAAUUAUAUUGGUCAGUUAUAUGAAAAACAUAUAGGGGCAUGUUGUACAUAUUUUCAUAAGGAUGACACUGUUAAGGAAGGUACUGAUGAUGAUCCUCCUAUAAAGGAUGAUUACUGUCCAGAUUUCUUUAAAUGUAAUAAAAAAUAUAAUCCUUAUGAUCUCUUAUCUAAAUUUCAUUGUGACGUAAAAUCGUCAUCGAAAGACAAAGAGAAAGUAUUUGAAUUAGCAACCUUUGAUAGAUAUUCUAAGUUAUUAACGAAAAUAUCAGAAAAGUCAUCGAAAAUAUCAACUGCACAUAAUGUUCACCAAAGUAGGCAAUUAUCACCCGUACGUAAUGUUGACAAAACUAAUGAAUUGAAAAAUCUAUUUGAUAUAGUAAAAGGUGAUUUUUUCUAUAGUGCCACAGUUCCUCUUUUUAUGCUCAUGGGAGCGUUUUAUUUAUUUUUCAUUUUAUAUAAAGUAAAAAUAAAUGACGUUUUAAAACGCAUAAAAAUUUUACCCCCUUUGGAAUAUGGUUACGUAGGAGGAAUAGCAAAAAAGGAAAGGAAGUUUAUAGAAAUUUUCAAGAAUACGAAAUAG